AUGGCGGAGAUUUUAUUUUUAUUGAUGCAUCUCCCACAAUGCAGCUUGUCUAAAGAGGAGGAGGUUCUGAAUGAGCCCAGCAACCCGGAAAACUCCACUUUACAUCAGGAGGAACCAGAACCUCUGCAGAUGAAACUGGACCAAGAGGAACCAGAACCUCUGCAGAUGAAACGGGAACAAGAGGAACCAGAACAUAAACAGUUCAAAGAGGAAGAGAAGCAACUCUGCAUCAGUCAGGAUAAAGUACAGUCUGUGCUGAAACAGGAGACUGAUGACAUGUUGGUGAACAAACAGAAAGGCAAAACUGAGACUUCAAAACAAAAACCACACAAGAAACAUCACCCAAACCAUAUACUAUAUUCUUGUAAAAUUUCUGACAAAACUUUUUCUCGAAAUAAUUCCUUGACAACACACAUGACAACUCACACUGCUAAGAAACCUUUCACAUGUUCAACCUGUGGAAAACAUUACCCUCACAAGAGUACUUUGAUUUAUCACAUGAGAAUUCAUACAGGGGAAAAACCGUACACAUGUACAGCUUGUGGAAAAAGUUUCCAUCAAGUCGGCACUUUAAACAGACACAUGAGAAUUCACUCGGGUGAGAGGCCUUACACGUGCACAACCUGUGGAAAACGUUUUGUGUCUAAAUCUCAGUUACUUGAUCACAUGAAAAUUCACACGGGUGAGAAGCCUUUCUCUUGUGGGACUUGUGGAAAAAGUUUCCAGAGGAAUCCUUACUUGAUUAGGCACAUGAGAGUUCACACAGACGAGAAGCCUUUCUCAUGUGGGACCUGUGGAAAAAGUUUCUCUCAUAAAAGAAGUUUAACUUUUCACAUGAGAGUUCACACAGGUGAGAAACCUUUCUCAUGUGGGACCUGUGGAAAAAGUUUCUCUCAUAAAAGAAGUUUAACUUUUCACAUGAGCGUUCACACAGGUCAGAAACCUUUCUCAUGUGGGACCUGUGGAACACUUUUCACUUAUAAAAACAGCUUAACGGCUCACAUGAGAUUUCACACAGGUGAGAAGACUUUCUCUUGUGGCACAUGUGGAAGAAAAUGCUUGUAUAAAUCUCACUUAGUUGAUCACAUAAGAACUCACACAGGUGAGAAACCUUUCUCAUGUGGGACCUGUGGAAAAAAUUUCUCUUAUAAAAGAUGUUUAAAUAUUCACAUGAGAACUCACACAGGUGAGAAACCUUUCUCAUGUGGGACCUGUGGAAAAAAUUUCUCUUAUAAAAGAUGUUUAAAUAUUCACAUGAGAACUCACACAGGUGAGAAACCUUUCUCAUGUGGGACCUGUGGAAAAAAUUUC